AAUGGCAAACAAAACCAAGAUUCUUAAUUAUAUGAGACCAGCUAUGGCUAUCAUUCCAGAUGUAGCUGAACCAGAAAGAAGAGUAUAAUUAAUAUAUAUGAAAUUUAGAUAUUAUUUAAAUAUAGAGCAUUAUGGACAGCUAUAGCAACAUUGUUGUAUUUGAUUUGUUCAUAAAUACCACUUUAUGGAAUUUACAAAUCAUCAGCUGGUGAUCCAUUUUAUUGGAUGAGAGUCAUCUUAGCAUCAAAUAGAGGUACUUUAAUGGAAUUGGGUAUUUCUCCAAUGGUCACAGCAUCAAUGAUAAUGUAAUUAUUGGCUGGUGCUAAAUUAAUUGAUGUUGAUUAAAAUGUAAAGGAAGACAAAUAACUAUAUUCAGGAGCAUAAAAAUGUAUAUAAUUAUUAAUAUUAUUUAUAGUAUUAGGAAUUCUUAUAGCUUUUGGAGAAGCAUUUGCAUAUGUCUGGUCAGGAAUGUAUGGUGAUUUAGAUAAAUUGGGUGCAGGAAAUGCAAUUUUAAUAAUAAUAUAGUUGGUAUUUUCAGCAAUUGUUAUGAUUAUGAUUGAUGAAUUAUUAUCAAAAGGAUAUGGAAUUGGAAAUUCAGGAACAUCUUUAUUUAUAGCUAUUAAUAUAUGUGAAAAUAUUAUGUGGAAAGCAUUUUCACCAAUUACACAUAAGACUUAAUUGGGAUUAGAAUAUGAAGGAGCCAUAAUUGCAUUAUUGCAUGGUUUAUUUAUUUAGAGUGAUAAAAUCAGUGCACUUCAAUCAGCAAUAUUGAGAGAUUCAUUACCAAACUUAACUAAUUUAUUGGCAACAGUAUUAGUGUUUUUAAUUGUCAUCUAUUUCUAAGGAUUUAAAGUUGAUAUUCCAAUUAAAAAUAAUAAAGUAAGAGGAGGAUUAACAUCAUAUCCUAUUAAAUUGUUUUAUACUUCUAACAUUCCAAUCAUUUUAUAAACUGCAUUAGUUUCAAACCUUUAUUUCCUUUCAUAAAUCCUUUAUAGAAAUUUCAAAGGAAACUUCUUAAUUAGAUUAUUGGGAUAUUAUUAAGAAUUAGAAAAUGGAUAGACAAUACCUAUUGGAGGAUUAGUAUAUUAUGUGUCUCCUCCAAGAUCAAUUUCAGAAGCUAUUUUUGAUCCAAUCCACACUAUCCUUUAUACUGCAUUUAUUCUUGGAACUUGUGCUUUGUUCUCAAAAACUUGGAUUGAUGUAUCAGGAUCAUCACCUAAAGAUGUAAUAUUUUUUUUUAAAUUUAAUCAUAGGUUGCCAAAUAACUUAAGGAACAAGACAUGUAAAUUGUUGGAUAUAGAGAUUCAUCAAUGAAAGAUGUUUUAAAAAGAUAUAUUCCAAUUGCAGCAUCAUUUGGAGGUAUGUGUAUUGGAGCUUUGACAAUUCUUGCUGAUUUCUUAGGUGCCAUUGGUUCAGGUAUAUAUUAAUGUUAAUUUAUAAAGGAACUGGAAUUUUGUUGUCUGUUACAAUUAUUUAUGGCUAUUUUGAAACCUUAAAAAAGGAAAAAGAAUAGGGUACAUUAGAGUUGUUUUGAUA